UCGUGUUCUGCAGUGAUGACCAUCUAAGUUCCCUGGUUUUUUUUUCUUUUUUGUUUUUCUUUCGCUUUCGUUUCAUCACAUUGCAGGAGCAGGGCAAAAGAAAAGUCGAAUACACGAGGCUCAGUUCAGUGGUAAUACUGAAGCUUCACCGGAACAAGAGCUAUGGCCUCCACCGUCGCGGUUCUUCUGCUCCUGUCUGCGGGUUUAUUCUCAGUCGGUUUUGGUGAUGACUGUAUCUCCUACACCACCAGGAAUAACGUGUACAUGCCAUCGAUAAGCUGCAGUGGGUUAUUGUCGCAGCAUUGCUGUGGGGACUGCGAUUUAAGAUUCUGCUGCUUCUUUGAUUAUAUGAAGAUAUCCACGGCUGAACAACUGGCGUGCGCUUUCCAAAACGAUGAUGUCCUCAUCAUUGUUUUCGGAGUAUUGGGGGUUGUGGUCACAUGUGUUGUGUUCCUCAUCUGCUGCUGCUGCCCCUGCUGCUGUAUCUAUAGAAUGUGCAGAACACCCAGACCAGUGGCAGGAGCACAUGUAACCACAGUCAUGAGUACACAAAGCAUUCAGCAGCCGCUUGUCACGCAGCCCGCUCAAUAUCCAGCAUACAAGCCUGAGCCGACUCAUCCAGGCUACAGCGCUCAGCCUAUGCAGACGGGACCAUAUCAAGGACAGCCAUACGCACCAGGACCCCCACCCCCAUACCACAUGGCCGCAAGCCCUGGAUAUCCCAGUGUUCAGGCUCCAUAUGACGGAAGUCAGGCCACAUAUCCCAUGAUACCCCCUGCCCAGCCUGGUAUCGCUUAUCCGCCCCCAGUGUCAUUCGAACAGCCAGCCUAUAACCCUGCCUACAUGCAGCCACCGAAGACUGGAUACUAAACCACAAGCGUCUGUCACAUCAGUCACUGUAGGAUUGUGGAGGUUUGAUGCACUUUUUAUAAGUGGAUGUGUUAUAGUCAGAGUUAUUUCCGUUUUAUUUUCAAAUAGUCCUUUCAUUUUAGGUUUCGCUCUGCGACACACAGUUAAAGUAAAGUUUUUAAUAAAACAAAGAUUAUUGAAGUAAGUUUUAAAAGAAAAUACCAUUCGAAACUUUCUACUUUUCAAAAUUUCUCAAUAUGACAUUUCUUUGUAAUUAAUUGUGAAAGUUUUACUAGCGAUUUAUGAGUGAAAAAUGUUUUUAUACAAUUUUGUUUUAGCUUUCAGUGUUAGUUAUUCUAGGAUUAUAUUGAACUGUAUAAUGUGUUGAUACAAUUUGAUAUAUAAAAAAAAACUAAUAUCUAAAAUAAAACGUGGUCAUUUUUAAGUUUUAGUUUAGUUUAUUCUUGCAAUUUUGCUUUUACAUUUUUGUUUUUAUUAACAGCACAACGCUCACAGAAACAUGAAUGUCUAAGAUUUUUACAUUUAGCUGGAUCUGUGAUUUUAUUUUUUAAUAAAGUGUCAAUGUUUUCCAUUUUAAAUUCUUUCCUAUGAUUCUAAAAUGCAGACACAUUUUAAUAACAUUGAGUGAUGCUGAAUUUACAUAAUUUUGUCACGAGACUUGUUUUUAUAACAUUAGGAAACCACAUGUUUUUUUGUACUUUCGCUGUUCCUUUUUUCAGAUGAUAUUGUUUCGUAGCCUAUUAUAAUAUAGCAGACACUGCUACUUCACUUUGAGCGAAAUGAAAUUAGCGGAACUAGGAAGUCUGAAGUAGUCAGGCUAAUUGUUUCGGGUUGCAUUGUUUUUUUUAGAUGGAGCCUAUAUUUUACUGUUAACUGUUAUAGAUUUUGUAAAUGUUAAACUGCUGUUUUAUAUUUAAUUUCUAUAUGUGUGAGAAAUUUAGAAAACUUGAUUGUCUCUUUAAAAAUGAGGGAAUUUAAAUAAAGUUUUACAGGAGAACAUCAACAUUGUUCAACUCAAAGGAAAAACGGACAGCAAACCUGCUGGAGAAGAUUUUGGACUGUUUUUUAUGCAAUGUUUGGUGAAGUCACACCACUUGAACGGUUAUGGGACCCCCUACUGGCGAAAAAAUAAACAAUCUGUAGUGCUUU